AUGACUGCAUCUGCGACCAACGAGGCAACCGCUCCGUUGAAGGUCGAUUUCGACCUCGAAGUGGAGUUGACGAUUCACAGCGCUUUUCUCCCAACGGCGCGGCUGCUGCAGUGUGACCCGGUGGCCCACGUGGGUGUGCUGACAUUACAGAAGGUGACCGCUGUCCGUGGCGUCAGCAGCGUUGGUGCUGGGAGCAAAGCGGCGGUGACGACAACGAACGUCGUAGCGAGUGAGCGGUCUGUCGCCUCAACACGGCGCCUGUACUUCACCUCGAAGCCAGUCUUUAAUGAGACACUGCGUUUCGUGGUGGCACGCAGUACGCUUCACGCCCCUGUGAGCACGGCGUCUCAUGGUGGGGGGCGCAAAUCAGCAGCAGAUGAUAGCGGUGAGGGCGAGCGGUGCGUGGAGCAGCGCAUUAUCAUCACGAUGGAGGACGCGCAGGGUCAGGUUUACGGCCAGGCCGCGUGCCCGUUCCUGCUGCACGCCCCCAGCACCUCCACGCAGCCGGUGCGUGUGAUGCUGCAGCCGCGAAACGCGCACGACAAGCUCGACCCGCACUUCCGGGCGGACGUGGCGGCCCUCACGCGACACGGCGUCGACGACUUUGGCUUCGUGAUGGUCUCGUGGCGGGCGUCGCUGGCGCCGCAC